CGUCUUUUCUUUCCCCUUCCUCGUCAUAAUUAUUAUCUUCUUCAAGGGAAAUUUCUUCACAAUCACAUCCUCCUCACACAUCUCAUCAAAAUGGACGCCUUGACGGGCAAUCCGAAGCCCACCGAAUUGCGACGCUCUUGCGUUUUUUGUCGUCAACGCAAGAUGCGAUGUUCAGGUGAUUUGCCAUGCUGUACAACAUGUCGUCAACGUGAAAAGCCAUGUGUUUAUGAACCUGUUGCAUUCAAAGGUCGUUAUGCUGCUGCUGCUGCGGCUGCAAGUAUUGCAUCUUCACAACAACAGCAACAACAACAAAAGAAUUCACCUUCUUUUGGUUUACCUAGAUCGACGGAAUAUGGUCUUGAACCGCAUAACUUUCACGAGUAUGGUGGUGCAGAACAUUUGGAUCGUUCAGGCAUUCCAACUCAUUUGCAGCAUCAGCCUAUCCCUCCUCCAACGAUGGAAGGUAAUUUGGUUGGUGAUGAAUUGACAUUUUUGUUUGGUACAUUUUUUGCCAUGACUCAACAAUCAGCUUUAGUUCAUAAUGCAAUUCAACGUUCAAACAAUGGAUCAAACACUUUGCCACCUUUUUCUGUUCCAUUGACGUAUGUGGAUGCAUUGCCUGUCAUCACUUUUGAUCUGAUCAAAUUGACAAUGGCAAAGCUCAACGCUGUAAACAAUGAAAACAGUCUAGGCGAUCACACUUCUUUGCCUUAUGUUCAAAGUUUGAUCACUGACCGUUCCAUGACUGUGAUUGAUGGCUUGGAUAAUCCAGAAGCAGAGCAAUGGUUUGGCAUCCACGGUCCUCCUAGCAGCAAUCAAGUCGAGCAUCUAUUGGAGAUGGCAUUCAAUCAUCAUCCUUUGGUCGCUCUGAUUGUUCCAAAAACACCGUUCAUGCGUGAUCAUCACGAAGGUCAAUCAAACUACUGUCUUCUCUGGCUGUUGUGUAGUGAAGGCAUCGAACUUGGCUUACCAAUGGUUGGCAUCAAGCCAAACACGCCAUUGGCUUUCAAUUUGCCUUCUUCUGCCUCCUUCCUUCAAUUGGCUUGGAAACAGCUGUUCAACUCUCAUCAAAAUGUACCAGCAGAACGUUUUUGGAUUUCUCAAGCAUUGUUGUUGCUCGGCUUUCGCCUCCUUUGCCACGGUCAUGUCAAACAAUCAACUGCUUUUUUGCUCUUGUGCGUUCGUUGUAUCGCUCGUGUGGUAACUGAUCGCUCUCGCAAUCCUGCACUGGAAGUCAAGAUCAAUGGAAUCCGAAUGACAGAAGUAGAAGAGCAAGCGAUCAACAACGUAUUUUGGAUCUCUCAUGCAUUAUUGCUAUGGAUUUGGUCUCAGGUUGAUCAGGUUGACGGUGAUUUGGCUAGAUUCAUCUGUCCCGAUCCACCCGUUCUGUUCACGGCCAUCACAGCAGCAAAGAUUCCAUCAACAGUCUUAUGCGCUGAUGCAAUCUACAAGCUUGAUUAUGUCAGUGCCAACUUCACUUCUUUGAACAUGCAUACUUCCAACGCACGUACGUUGACAGUCUUGGCGCAUGUUUGUAAUAUGAUCCAUACUUUGAUCAACAAUGGUACGGCACAUGCAACACAAUCAUCAUCCUCAAGUUCGGUCUUCUACAAUCAAACAUUUUCGCAAUUUGGUGAACAUCAUGAUACGUCUGGCCAUAUGGCAACAGAUGAUCAAGGAAUCGGUUCGGGUAAUGCAGAUUAUACGGGGUCAACGAUGUAUGCUGCCAUUUCUGCAAAGCUUUUACACCAAACCAAGCAAACCUUGACGGCAACCUUGCAUCCACAUUUGACGGAUAAAUAUACGGACAAGUCAAUCUUGUGUGCUGCUUAUCUGUUUGCAAUCUGUCUUUGUGAACCGUCAAACCAAUCAAACACCUUUGCAACAUCACAAUCACCUCAAAUGGCUUACUCACCGGCACAACAGAAGGAGCUGGCUCACAGAUUCCGUGCUGCCAUGGAUAUUGCUGGCGGAAUGAUUCGUGAUUGCAAAGAAGAUGGUUUGGUUUUCCAUCAAUUGGCACCGCCAAAGGAACGUGUCUUGAUUCAAUCUCUCUUUGAUCGUGCAUCAACAGUAUUGGCUCGUAUCUUUACGCAUCUCAAACAACAUGCAGCAGAAGUGACAAGCAACCCAGAGGGUGAAGUGCAUAACGAGCAAAGCGAGAACGUCUUUGAUACCGGUCUUUCCAUGCAAGAGAUCACAUCUACCAUCAAAUUGAUCGAUGAUUACGCGAAGAAAAGGGACUUUCCGUUGUGUAUGACUUCGUUUGAUACGACGUAUCGUACAGGAUCACUCUUUAAUUCUUCAAAAGUGGAUUCUCUUGAUGACAUUGCUGCGAUUGCACGCAGCAUCAUUUCGCCAAAAGGGAAUGCAAACGAUGGCAAUCCGAUCAACAUUCAAAGGAUGAACUCAGAUACUGCAAUCAUGGCAGAUCAAUAUUCAAGGGGCAAUGACGGACACAGAAAGGCGUCCAUGGCAGGUACGAGUAUUAGCAAUGAUGAUGGUCGAUCGACCGAUGUAGCAGCUUGGCAGGCUCAAGAAACGCAAAGAGCACGAUCAUUCUCUGAUUCAGCAGCAAUCUAUUCAACAACUUCUCAUGCAGCUCAUUUGCCGGGUAACAUGACUUUUGUUCAACCUCCAUCUUAUCCGACAAUCUUUCACAGUAUGCCACCGCCGCCACCUCCAACGUUUACAUCAUUCACAACAGCAAUGAAUGCUGCCGUUGUUGGUCAUUCAAACGAACUUGCUUCACCAAACGAAAUCAAUCCAAAAAGUACAAAUGACGGAGCACAAGCGGUCGUUGGCGGUGGAAUGAGACGUUCGCGAACGUAUUCGAUCAAUGAGGUACGUUCAGACACUUCUUUUCCUUCUUCAUUUCCCUCUUCUGUGAGCGGAGGUCAAUUUCCUCCUUCACCACCACAAAGUGCACCACCUUCGCAUUUGGCUUUAUUGAGUGAUACUUCUGCUACUUUGCAGGCAAUGUUACAAGAUUAUAACAACAACAAUACUUCAACAGCACCUUCAAGCGCAAUCCCGUCUGCAAAUAGUAAUCAAGCAACAAAUAUGACAAAUUAUACAAACCAAACUCAACAUUCUCAACAUCAUUAUCAUUAUGAUCAUCAAAAUACCCUUCUCCAUAACAAUGCUGGUGAAGGAAGCAGUAACGGCAGCAAUGAAAAUCUCGCUGCUACACGUACGGCUACUUGGGCAGCAAACAAUGGAGGCGGAACGAUGAACCCAAACAGCACUUCUUCAAGCACCUUUUCAAAUGAUGUCAAAAUGCCAUUCCAUUGAUCUGGGUUAUAUGGCAAUUCUCUUCCUUUCAAGAAGCAGGCAAUCCGUCUUCCCCUCGUGCAUCUGUGUUUCUUUAGCAUCUUACCGCAUCGUCGCUCUGGAGCCGCUUUGUCGCAUACACUUUU